GUCCCUCCUGCCAGGCAGCAGCAAUAGCUCUCCUGGAAAUGGGAUGGGGAGGUAGCUUGGUGGCAGCCACUGCUUAGCAGUUCCCUCUGCGCUGCACUUCCCAGACAAAUGUUUAACUGAAUGCAGAAAAGGUCAAUAUUUGCCCACGGAAGGGUAGUGAAAGGAGGGGGGGGAGAUUCCACAAGUAGGCGUUGUUGCGGCUGGUCCCUGGCAAGGCUUGGGGGGCACUUCUGCACCCCCUCCACGAAGGCAGCAGUGAAGAGCCACUUGGAGGGCCAAGCAGAUCUCCCCCCUUCAGUUCCCUUUUCUGCCCAUUUAAACAAUGGCUGCAUCAUCCUGUACUCUGCUGUUUGCCUGCCUGGCUGCUCUGCACACUACGCACCCUGGGGUGCCAUUUGUGUCUGCCCUGGACUUGGAUGCUCAGAGGAACAUUCUCCAGGAGGAGUUGCGCCUGCCUGCACCUGAGACCCAGGAGGGCCUCCCUGUCACUACAUCAGUGCCCUCCAGCCUGAGCCCGGGGGAUGAGAUUUCAGCCAGGGUGUUGGGAGAGAACUCUUCUGAAGCAGCGGAAGACGACCCCCAAAGAGGCUGUGGCAAGGACAUCCCUCCUGAGAAGAUGCACAAGAUAGCUGAGGCCGUGAUGAAGCUCGGGGCCGACCUCCUGCGAGAGGUGGAGCUGGAGGACAGCAGAAGCAACCUUUUCUUCUCUCCCUACAGUGUCAGCCUGGCGCUCGCUCAUUUGGCCCUAGGAGCAGCCAACCAGACAGAGAAGCAGCUGCUGGAGGCUCUGCACAUGGAGUCGGUGCCCUGCCUGCACCAGGCUCUGCACGGCCUUUCCCAGCACCUCGGCAAGGCGGUGCUCAGCAUAGCGGCCCAACUUUACCUGCAGAAAGGAUUCCCAUUUAAAGAAAAAUUUCUGGAAGACUCUGAGAAGUUCUAUGGGGCUAAGCCAGCCACUCUGACCGGUAACAGUGAGACAGACCUUGCAACCAUCAACAACUGGGUGAAAGAAGCAACAGACGGACAGAUCUCCACCAUGCUGACGGAGCUGCCUGCCAGCGUCGUGAUGGUGCUUCUCAACGCGGUGCACUUUCAAGGGUUUUGGAAGAACAAGUUUGAUCCCCUCCUGACUAAGCCUAGCGUAUUCCAUCUGGAUGACGAACACACUGUCUCUGUGGAGAUGAUGAGGGCUCGGGACUACCCCCUCAGCUGGUUUACGCUGGAGUCCCUGGACGUUAAGGUCGCCAGGUUCCCCUUCAAAGGCAACACGAGUUUUGUGGUUGUCCUUCCAAACCACCCCGAGAGAAACUUCUCUCGGCUCCUGUCUGAUCUCAGCCACCGCAACCUCCACGGCACCUUCCCCAAGGAGAGGCCCACCAUUGUGAAGAUGCCGAAGCUGCACUUGCAGUAUCACCUGGAUCUCAAGCAAGCCCUCAGCCGAUUAGGCCUUGAAGAGUUGUUCUCUACCCCAAAUUUCCACCCCAUAGCGGAAGGACCCCUCUUUGUCUCCAGUGUCCAUCACAGAGCUGCCCUGGAACUUGCUGAGGCCGGGGUAGAGGCGUCAGCUGUGACCAGCGUAAUGAUGUCACGCUCGUUCUCUGCUUUCCAAAUCAACCACCCUUUCUUCUUCAUUAUCUCUGAAGACAUAACUGGCAUCCCCCUCUUCCUCGGCACCAUCCGGAACCCCAACCCCAGUGCUGCCCCGGAGAGGAAGACGAAGGACUGCAUUCAAAUAAACGGCAAAGAGUCAUUGCUGGCCUGCACUGUGAACCUAGAAAAGCCCUGAAUGUCUGGAAGGCAGUUGGUAUGCAUGAAACCCAGAGCAGCAGCCCUUGUGUAACAGUCAGCCUGUGGUGGUUGUUUUUUUUCCAGGAGCCCCUCCCCAAAUGGCCACGCAAUAGCCUCCCUCCCUCCCUCCCAACCAGCCACUGGAGUUGCUGUGUCUAUUCUGCGCCCAGUCUUACAACCUGUUAGCCGCAUUAACAUGUCUGCCUCCCAGUAGCCAUUGGGAUGGGAUCUUGCACCAUGCCCUGCAAGCCUCUGACCCCGGGUAAAGCCAAAGAAAAGGCUGUAGAGGUAUGCUGGCAGAGGUUGGACCCUGCCCAAUUGUGCCCUCUCCUUGUGCUCUGUAUUCUGCAGGAACGUUGGCUGAAGUUCCUGAGUGGCCACAGGAAUGAACACAUAGCUGAACUUUCAGCAUUGUGAAAUAGCCAGAGGCCCACUGUCAGUUGCAGAGGCACACCAGGUCUUCCCUCAGACAUCCCAUCGCUUCUUUCCUGCCACCAUUUUGAUACUACCUUUAGCAUACUUCAACUCAAGAGGACUUACAGGCCACCCUGUGAAGUGUUCUAGUGUUACAACUUCAAAAUAAAUCCAGGCAAAAACCUUUCCUUUCAAAUGGCCACAAAAAAUGCAGCAGGAUAGAAUGUGCUACACAGUUGUGCAGCUGGAGUCAAGAAAAUUAAAAAGUGUUGGGAGUUACAAGGGAAAUAACUGAAAAUAAAACCUGCCAAUAUCAUAA